GCUACGUCUUGGGCUGCAGAGUGUAAUAAAUAAUCCACAUCGACUGACUCCGAGAGCAAAAUGGGCCUUCUCAUACUCAUCACGUCUUGAAAUAUUGGUCUGGAAUUGAGCCAGCUACACCUAGGUCUUCAGCCCCUGGCAGUUAUGGCAUCAAUCUUUCGCCAAUGUUUCUUUCUUGCUCGACCUCCACUCACCCAGCAAAAUCUACCUGACCAAACUGGCAGAGUACACAUUGUCACGGGCGGCUAUUCUGGAUGCGGCUUGCAACUGAGCAGGAUCCUGUACCAGAAACAUGCCACCAUCUACAUCGCUGGCCGAAGCCCGGAUAAAGCUCGGAGUGCCAUUGAUUCCAUCAAGCGAGAUUUCCCAGAAUCGCUCGGUCGAUUGGAGUUUCUCCAGCUUGAUCUUUCGGAUCCAAGCUCCAUUAAAGCGUCUGCCGAAGAGUUCAUGUCCAAGGAGUCAAGACUGGAUGUUUUGACGAACAAUGCGGGCGUCAUGGUCACGAAAGCAAACCAGCAAGACGCGGAAGGGCACGAAAUUCAUUUUGGUACAAAUUGUCUUGGCCCAUUCCUCUUCUCGGAACUCGUCCUACCAGUCCUGGUCAGAACAGCAGCGGGAUCGUCGCCGGGAUCAGUUCGAGUAACUUGGGCAUCAUCCCUCGCUACAAUGUUCGCCGCGCCCGCUCAUGGAAUCGAAUUCGAUGACAAUGGCAGCCCUCGGGAUCAGGGCCCGUUUGUAAACUAUGGCGCAUCCAAGGCAGGGAAUUGGUUCUUGGCUUCCGAAUUCGCUCGCAGAUACGGAGAGCACGGUAUCCUCAGCCUUGCUUGGAAUCCAGGCAACGUCCGAUCCGACUUACAACGAGACGUUGACGGAUUCUCAGGUGCCUUUGUACGGAUGUUGCUCAGUAUGCUGCUCUUUCCUACCGAAUUCGGAGCAUACACGGAACUGUACGCUGGUUGGUCUAAAGACAUAUCGCUGAAGGACAAUGGUGCUUACGUCUGCCCUUGGGGUAGAAUCGGUACAGAUAGCUUAAGGGCUGACGUGCUCAAAGCAGCAGAAUUGAAGGAUAACGGAGGCACCGGAGAGGCAGAAGAGCUGUGGGAAUGGUGUGACAGGGAGACUCGGAAGUUCCGCUGAAUGUAUUCUGUUGACAUCGUAGUUUUCGUGAAUCCGUGGAUACCGUUGUCCACGUACCACAGGCUCGCCUGGUCCUACAUCCCCGACCCGACCAACUCAUCGACGCCGACGCCUUAAACUGUGACAACAACCUUCCCCACAUGCUGAUUACUCUC